AUGGCAAGCACCGUCAAGAAUGGUCAUGGUGUAUGUGCCAAUGUCUUGGUUGUGGUUCUAUUCGCUGCAUUCCCACAAGCCAUGGUGCAUGGACAAGCUGUAGUGACGAUUUCGCAGCCGCCGCCCAGCGACUGUCCCUAUCCUUGUCUCCCGCCACCAACGACACCCGCAAUCUACCCGCCGCCACUGCCGCCGUCUCCGCCAUUGCCGCCUUUUGGGGUCUAUCCACCGCCUUCCAUGGUCUAUCCGCCGCCUGGCGGGUACUUUCCGUACUAUUUUCCGCCGCCAUGGUACUUGGGCAAUGCACCUCCCCCUCCUGAUCCCAUCUUGCCUUAUUUUCCAUGGUACUACAAGCAACCCCUGGUGCCAAACUCUUCGUCGGAAACUCGCCUCAGGCGAUCCUGGGUCAUGAUUCUCUCUCUUCUGCUGAUGAUCGUGAGUUUAGCUCUCUCUGGGUGA